AUGGAUGCCAGCGUCAUCCUUCACAAAUACACCCUCACGGAAGCUCUUCUUCACAUUGAGAUCUUUACCGAGCUCUUCAAUCCGAUCCUGUGGAAAGCAUGGGCGGUCCAGAUGCACGUCCUGCUGGUCUUUAUGGUCCAAGCCCAGUCUGAAGUGGCCAGCAUGGGGAUCAUCCUACCCCUUCCGCGCGAUAUCCCUGUCCUCGCCCAAGUGGAAAUACACCUGGCAACAGCUCGCACUAUAGAAGGUGGUCGUCGGAUGAUACCUCGAAUUGCGGAUCACCUUCCUGCAGUCAUUCCUCGUGGUUUGACUGCCCGCGUUCUGUAUGAUGACCCCACUGUCCGCGAGGACUUUGGUUUAGGCCACCCGCCAGAUGGUCUCCCUGACAUUGAGUACGACCUCCGCGAUGCCGUGGUGCAAGUGCAAGGUCAUCUUGCUAGGGGAGAUAGGUCCGCGCAAAAUGAGGUGCAGCAGGUGUGGAUUUAUGCACUGUCCGAUUUGGUGGGUGUCCUGGAGGCUCACUUCAAGACCCUCACCAAUUUCAGGGAGUCGGAUUUUGAUCCGCGGGAGGUUGACACAAUUCGCACAGCGUUCGUGGACGUGAUCGUUCACGCCUGCACACAGUCAUUUCCCAAUGCCCUCCUUCCGGAGCCUUCGCAAGAUGAGAUCGAUGCUGCCAUGGAGCGGCUGGCACUGGGCCAUGAUUAUUUCACCGAGGUUGAGUGUCGCACUGCACCGCCUCCAUCGAUCCAUGUUCCUGCUUGUGAUGCCUGUCAGAUCCCCAAGAUGUCAGGUGUGGAGGUGCAGGUGCACCUAUGUGAAACAGAGGGCAAAAUCCCAAAGUGCAUCCAUGUCGAUAUCUCCUUGAUCACGCUCUCACUAAUUCCUCCCCCACUAGCAAUGUCCACCCACACUGCGGGAUCACCAGGACCGCAGAUGAAGCGAUCCCGUGGCAAGACAGCUACUGCCUUGGAAGCCCGUCAUGUGGCAGAAUCGUCAUCUAUGGCGGAUGCAGGUCCUGUCAGAGGCCGCAUCCCAUAUGUCAACGUGCCACCCAUGCCUCACCCUCACCACGAUGCGCUCAUUCGUGAGUCACAGAAGGGCCUAAUGCAAGACCUCGAGGCUCGCAUUACGAGUUUGGAGGAAGAACAAGAGUGCCUGAAGUGGGACAAAAACAAGGCGACCGCCCUUCUGAACAAACUUCGUGGUGCUCCCACCCCUGCUGCUGAUCCUGACAACCUCGCCACCUGCCUCAAUGGCUUUGACACGGCAUUGUAUUAUAUUCACCAGAAGCAGGAUCGGAUGGCUCCCGACUUCGCGACUAUGGCGAACGCGCUCUGCAGAGCUGGAGUGACCAUCCUCACUUUGCAUGCAGAACAGCCUGACUCAGAUGCAGACAACGAGGUUCCGGCUGGGUUGGAAGAGAACGACGAUGAUGAAGAGGUGUAG